AUGAAACGUGGUGUCAUUUACCUCGGUAGGAUACCUCAUGGCUUUUACGAAAAUGAAAUGAAAUCAUACUUCAGUCAAUUUGGUACAACUGGAAAGUCAAAGCAUUUUGCAUUCAUUGAGUUUGCUUGCGAUGAAGUCGCACAAAUCGUGGUCGAAACAAUGGAUAAUUAUCCUCUGUGCAAUCGCCUACUUCGGUGUAAAAUUGUGCCAGAAGAAAAAAUCAACCCAAUGAUGUGGAUCGGAGCAAAUAAAGAAUUUAAACCAAAACCUUAUAUAAAAGAAAUUAUGAUGAAACAUAAUAAAAAAAAAACUCCAGAAGAACAGAAAAAGCAAGUUGAUAAUUUGUUGAAAAAAGAAAGUAAAAAACGAAAAAGAUUGGAAGAAUGUGGGAUAGAUUAUGAAUUUCCUGGUUAUCGAAGAAAAACUACUGAUAAACAACAAUCUGUGAAUUCAGCAUCUGUGGAAUCUAAGUCUUCCGAGUCUAAGCCUUCCGAGUCUAAAUCUUCCGAGUCUAAAUCUUCCAAAAGAGAACGUCAAGUCUAUGAGUAUAAUACAUAUACACCACCACGUCAUGGGUAUAAAUCAAACAAUUAUUACAGAUCACCAAAGAAACUUCGAUUGAACGAUUCAAAUGUUGGCAUAACUCAGAUCGGUUCGAAUAUUGAUAUAACUCAGAUCGACAUAAAGCAAUACUAUAAGGAAUCAUUUUUUGAGGAUCCUUGGGCCAAUUUAAUCUAA